ACACCUUUGGACACUCGAGCAUUUAGUUUAUUGAUUAGUACAUAAUUUCAUGCUUAUAUAGUAAGUUCAAAUCUCUCUUCCCCAAUUAUUAAAAAAUAAAAAUAAAAUAACACCCUUGGACGGCUCAGCUCAGAAGCGGAAUAUUUUAACCCUGGAAACUCAGGAAAAGGAAAUGAGCAAAGCAAUGGAAGCCUCAUCCGUCCGCCGUCUCGUUGGCCUCUUCACAACUUCAGCCAACCGCACCACCAGCACCGCCCUAACCUCCACUAAACCUUCCUCCAAAGCCACGAUGAAAGCACGCAAGCUCCAGGGACUUGUCAACAAAUUCAAGCAAUCCUCCGAGUCCGAUGAAUUCCGCUACAAGAGCCAACGCAGCUACGACCGCACCGUUCGCCGCCUCGCGUCCGCAAAACAGUUCUCACUUAUCGACGACAUCCUCCAGCACCAAAAGAAGUACCAAGAUAUCGCCCAGGAAGGCUUCGUCAUCCGCUUAAUGGCUCUCUAUGGCAAAGCAGGCAUGUUCGAACAUGCCCAGAAACUGUUCGAUGAGAUGCCUGAACUAAAAUGUGACCGUACGGUAAAGUCAUUCAAUGCCCUUUUAUCAGCGUGUAUUUAUUCGGAGAAGUUCGGUAACGUCGAACAGUUGUUGAAACUGCCUGAAAAGCUCGGAAUCGAGCCUGAUUUGGUAUCUUAUAACACAGUUAUCAAGGCCUUCUGUGAGAUGGGUUCUUUGGAUUCAGCAUUGUCGGUGGUUGAUACAUUGGAGAAAAAGGGAUUAGAGCCUGAUGUAAUUACGUUUAACACGCUGCUUGAUGGGUUGUUUUCGAAGGGUCGGAUUGCUGAUGGUGAGAAAAUAUGGGGAUUAAUGGAAGAGAAGAAUGUUGUUCCUAAUGUUAGGACUUAUAAUUCAAAGUUAAGAGGACUGGUUUAUGAGAAGGAGAUUGUGAAAGCUGUUGAGCUGUGGGAGGAAAUGGAGAAUAAAGGAAUCAAACCUGAUGUUUACAGUUACAAUGCUAUGAUUAAAGGGUAUUGCAAUGCUGGGAAUAUAGAGCAAGUGAAGAAGUGGUACACUGAACUGAAGAAAAGCGGUAUUUCGCCCGACCGAGUUACCUACGUUACGCUUGUUUCAUUCCUUUGUAAGAAGUCUGAGUUUGAAAUGGCAGUUGAGCUUUGCAAGGAGUCUUUGGAUCGACGGGUCACUGCUGGGGCUGCAAUGUUCCAGGCCGUGAUAGGUGGAUUGGUUAAAGAGUCCAGGGUUGAUGAAGCUAUACAACUCGUGGAAUUAGGCAAGUCAAGAUUACAUUAUAAACUGAAACUGCAUUGAGUUACGAGUACGACUGCAGGCGAGUUACAUGCUUGUUCUAGUUUGUCUUGUAUCAUCGAUUUCCAUUUCAUCAAGACAUUUUUACUUAUUUGAGCUCAUUUGCGUUUGGUGAUGUCUCUGUACUUACGAAUCCAUGGAUCUGGGUGAGACCCAUGUGCUCGAAUUUUAAACCUAAAGUUGGGUUGGUGCAAUAUGGAAACCAAGGCCAUUGGGCCUUCUAUCUGUCUUAACCCAAAGUGUAGGUAUGGGCUUUCCACUCUGCACUAGUCAAACCACAAUUUUAGCCCACUGUUAUUAUUUUCA